GCCACAUCCAAAAUGGCGGCCGCGCUGGUCCACUGUAGUGUCUGAGCGUAUCGCAAGUGGCUAGCUCCACUCCAAUCAUGGCGGCCUCCGUUCAGGCGGCGGCUGCGCCGAGUGGCGUUCUGGGGACAUGUGGUUUGGAGCAGAUUCUGGAAGCGCUGAAGCUGCUGCUGAGCCCGGGAGGAUCAGGCUCAACUUCACUACAGAACACAAAACACGAUGUCCUACUGGAGACUCUUAAAUCUAACCUGUCUGCUUUGGAGGCCAAGUUUCUGAAGGAUGCUCAGUGGAAGAAACUCAAAACCCUAAGAGAUGAAAUUGCUGAUAAGGCUGAAUGGCCACAGAGCUCUGAGGAUAUCACGUGGAGUUUCACCUCUCAAACCUUGUUGCUGCUGCUGUGUCUGAAGGAAAUCAUGACCCGCCUUGUAGCUGAGUUCAAUCCUGGCAAACCUAACCCGAGGACUCCAGAAGCUGCCCCUGCCCUCAGUCCGGAUACACUCAGCGUCUCCCAACAGAAGACCUUCCAGUCCGUUCUGCAGUUUGUAGUCACCUUGGGUGUCUGCCCCUACCUCAUGCCUGGUGUGGGAGUCCCUCUGAGAGACAGGACUGAGUUUGGAGCUGUUGUUCAGGGUAUUGUACGUCUGGAGGCUGCCCCGCAUGCCACCCGGAGACUGUACAUCUGCUGCAGGGUCCUCCUCGACCUGGCUCAGCAUGCUUCUCUGGGGAGCUUGAUUUUUUGCCGCCAUUUUGGGGAUAUUGCAGCAGGUCUGUGCCAACUAGGAUUCUGCCCAACCAAAAGAAAACCACCAGUACCUGUGGAAGAGGUCUUAACAGAAGAGGAAAGAACCCUGUCAAGGCAGGCCUUGAGAGACAUCUUGGAUCAAGUCUAUCAACCAUUAGCUGUCCGGGAAUUACUUAUCCUCCAGGGAGGAUCACCCCAGUCCUGUACAGAUGUGAAGACGAAGCUAAGGUGUCCGGCCCCAGCAUGGCUCCGCCGUCUCUGUGGGCAGCUGCUCUCUGAAAGGUUGAUGAGACCCAAUGGCGUUCAGGCAGUAGUCCGGGGCAUUUUGGAAGGAGCAGGUGCGGGGGCGGCUGGUGGGAGUGAUGCCGAGGCCACAGCUGCUGACUGGAAGAAGUGUGACUUGAUUGCAAAGAUUCUGGCCUCUUGUCCCCAGCAGUCCCUUUCCCCAGAGAGCUACUACAAGGACAUCUGCCCGCAGAUUCUGGACUUAUUCCAUCUUCAAGAUAAACUGACAGCACGGCAGUUUCAGAGAGUGGCUACUACCACCUUCACGACUAUGUUGAGGGAACGCCCAGAACUGGCCCCAAAGUAUUUGCUUCAGCCCAUGUUAGCGCCUCUGCAUCGAUGCUCGACCACAGCAGAGAUUCCAGAGAGCGACAUGGUGCCAGGAACUGUUUUGGUGACUGAAGAGGAACUUAGUCGAUGUGUUGAAGACGUGUUUAAGGUUUAUGUGGUGGCAAAUGAGCCUCUCCCAGUGUUGCUGGACUCGCUGCUCCCACUCCUUGGAGUGUUCUUCUCUCUCUACUGUUUUACUCAGCAGAGUGCAUCUCACAUAAGGUCACUCUGCCAAGAGAUCUUGUUAUGGGCUCUGGUGAAGCUGGAAAGGAAGAGGGCAAUUGCCAGCCUGAGAGGAUUUUCAGGGUUGGACAAAGCUGUGCCCGCCCUCCAUCCUCAGUGUCAGUUUAGAGCUGCUACGCACGGUGGCAUUGUGAUUACUGUCAAAGAGGCCCUUAGUGAUGAUGAAGAUGAGGCCCUGUACCAGAAGGUGUCUUCAGAGCAGAGCCAGAUGGAGCAUCUUGGGGACUUGCUGUUGCACUGCCAGCCGUGUGGCUUGGCAGGAGAUUUCUUCAUCUUUUGUUUGAAGGAGUUGUCUCAUCUGCUGGAGGAAAACGAAGCAGAGUUCACUCCCAAGCCCCCCUGCUCUACAAGCCUCCUGGAAUUAGAGCAACACCAGACUCUGCUUAUAGAAGACCAGGAGCGGAAGCUGUUGGUCUUGCAGUUGCUGGCCGUUCUGUGUGAGAAAAUGUCAGAGCAGAUAUUCACACACAUCACCCAGGUAGUGGACUUUGUAGCAGCAACACUGCAGAGAGCAUGUGCAGGCCUGGCUCAUGAGGCAGAGAGCACCGUGGGAUCGCAAACACUGAGCAUGGCUAUGGGGCUAGUGGCUGCCAUGCUCGGAGGAGCUGUUCAGUUGAAGUCAAGUGAUUUUGUGGUCCUGAAGCAGCUGCUGCCUCUGUUGGAGAAGGUCUCUAACACAUACCCUGACCCUGUCAUCCAAGAACUCGCUGUCGAUCUCCGAAUUACCAUCUCCACUCAUGGAGCCUUCUCCACUGAGGCUGUCAGCACGGCAGCCCAGAGUACCCUAAACAAAAAAGACCCAGAACAGAAAAUAAAAGAACAGCGACAAACCAGUUAUGAUGCAUCCACAGAAGGAACUCAGAACCGACCUGAACAAGAGCAGAACCCCCUCAGAACAGGCCAAGGUUCCAGUGAGCCCUGCACUGCCACAAGCCAGCCACCGGGAAAUAUAACCACAGAACAAUUCCGGGAGGUUCUCUUAUCUGCCUGUGAUCCCCAGGUUCCAACCCGGGCUGCUGCCCUCCGCACCCUUUCCCGCUGGGUAGAGCAGAGAGAAGGGAGAGCCCUGGAGGAACAAAAGAAGCUUCUUCAGAUAUUCCUGGAGAACUUGGAGCAUGAAGACUCUUUUGUGUAUCUAUCUGCAAUUCAGGGGGUUGCCCUACUCUCAGAUGUGUACCCUGAAGAAAUCUUGGUUGACCUGUUGGCCAGAUAUGACAGUAGCAAAGACAAGCACACCCCAGAGACCAGAAUGAAAGUUGGGGAGGUCCUGAUGCGAAUUGUCAGAGCACUAGGGGACAUGGUCUCAAAGUACCGGGAACCUUUGAUCCAUACCUUCCUGCGGGGAGUGAAAGACCCAGAUGGUGCACACAGGGCCAGCAGUUUAUCCAACCUGGGGGAGCUGUGUCAGCGCCUGGACUUCCUGCUGGGCCCCGUGGUUCAUGAGGUGACAAUCUGCCUGACUGCUGUGGCUAAAACAGACACUGACGUCCAAGUGCGCAGAGCUGCAGUCCACGUGGUCGUGCUGCUGCUUCGAGGACUCAGCCAGAAAGCAACUGAGGUGCUGAGCGACGUCCUCAAGGAUCUCUAUCACCUGCUGAAGCACGUGGUACGUUUGGAACCUGAUGACGUUGCCAAGAUACAGGCCCAGCUGGCCCUGGAGGAGCUGGAUGAGAUCAUGAGGAACUUCCUAUUCCCACCCCAGAAGCUGGAGAAGAAGAUCAUGGUCCUGCCAUAGACCUGGCUCACAGAACACGGAAGAAGGCAGGGGGAAGCCAAGUGGUCAGAGCAGUGGCCACACGCCUCCCAGCAGGUGUCCCCACCACCUCCUUGCUGCAGGCCUUAAGGUAGCCUUACGGUGCUGGUCACUUGGGAGUUCAGAGCUACCUUUCUAGAACAUCCAUUUGGUCACUCUUCAUCUGGCCCAAAGCACGUGCAUGAGAAGGGUGACUUCCACCUAAUGAGUACACUCGUCAUCGUCCUGAGCCAUUAGAGAUGUGUGUAUAACUGUGGAGCAUUUUCUUCCUUCCGGCUGGAGGGGCUGCCCCACCCCCAGGCCCCAUCUUGCUACUCUUUCAGUGAGGUGAUUUUGCCUGUGAUGAGAAGCAGGUAAAGCUGUCAUCUGGGUGUGCAGCUGAGUGGAGGGCUAAGCAUUGCUUAAACAUACAAACACAAAAGAAUAAAGUUACCUUGGCGGGAAUGAUCAGCCAGUGUGAAUCUUCCACUCCCCUGCCUCCUCUAAAGAUGCUGCUUGUGCCUGCCAUCCUAGUCGGGGGUGGUGCAGAGAAGGUGCGUCUGGAAGGCUCACUGGCCAAUCUAAGCCAACAAGAGAGCCCCCCACCUUUCUCAAAAAAGGGGGGGGCGGCAGUGCCUUCUGGGAAAAAGCACCCAAAGUUGUCCUCUGGCCUACACACACACACACACACACACAUGCACAGUGUGUGUGCAGCUUCACCCACAUGGACACACAGGAAAAGGGAGAAACUGCUGCCUCAGAUAAGCCACUCUGUUGCUUACACUUUUAUAAGACUAAUUUGGUGUUCACUGCUCCUCGGUGUCACAGAGAUAAGUAUGGUACUUUGUCACAGGACUCUAUCUCCACUGUCUGGGGUGUCCUGACCUACAGGCAGCAGAACUCAGACUGACAGUGCAAGUGACUGUGGUGCUGACAUUCAGGGCUCCUGCCUGGUCAGAGGAUGCCAGAUUACACAGCCUUCUCAGCUCAGCCUUCCUCAUCCCCAGAAAGGUGUCAGUCACUGUUACAAGGCCGGAUAUCAAGCAAAGGAUCAAGCAAGGCAGCUGUCUGUCGUGUCGUGGCGCACACCUUUGAUCCCAGCACUCAGGAGGGAGAGGGUGGAUUUCUGCCAAAACUACACAGAAAAACCCUGUCUCAAAAAAAUUAGAACAAAGGUCCUUGAAUGUUUUAAAAGAAUAUUUCUAUUCAGCUAGGGUAGCAAUAUUAGUGUAUAUUUUUCAAAUCAAGAAUGUCUAUAAAAUCAGGGUUGGAGCUUAAGACGCGGUUUCCUAGCCUUUGGAAUACAUAGAACCGAAGGCUGGAGAGAUGCUCACCGGUUAAGAGUGCGCACUGUUCUUGCGGAGGAUGCCAGGUUGGUUCCCAGCGCGCACAUGAAGAGCUCACAAGGGCCUAUGAGUCCAGCUCUGGGGGACUGACAUCUCUGGGUCUUGAGAACAGCAGCACUCACAUGUCCAUACCCACACACAGACAUGUAAUUAAAAAUAAUUGUUAAGUUAUAUAUGUAUUUGUAAAAGAUACGGCCUGCUUCAGACAUGCGGGUUGAGUCUGUUAUGCAGUUGUCCACUGCAUUUACAUCAGUGCGCUCUAGUUUUGAGGAUGUUCAUUGAUGACUUUGAAGAUCUUCACCACCUAACCACAUAUGCUCCUCAGAGCCUUAGUCCCUUUAUCUCUGUGUAUAAAUUGACUCUAAGUUUGAACUACUUACCAAAGCACUUAAAGUAUUUGAUUUUAUUGAUUUUGAUGUGCUCAAUUUGAGAGAGUAAUUUUUUUUCUUCCUGACUUCAUUAUGAAAUCCAAAGGGAACAUUAUUUAGUGUAACCCUUGUGGGCAUGACCAGAUUAUUAAGGACUGUCAAAUAACUCUUCUAAGUCAGGCAUGGUAGUCAAUGCUUAUAACUCCAGCACUCACGAGGCAGAGACAGGAGGGUUCUAGUGAGUUCAGAGUCAGAUGCAGGCUGCAUAGUGAGUUCUAAGACAGCUUGGAUCACAGUGUGGAAUGCUAUCUGAAAAAAGUGAACUCCUGGGGGCUGAAGGAAGCUGUCACUCAGCUGGUGUGAUGCUUGCCUAACACACACACAGCACUGGAUUCAAUCCUCAGUACAUCAAAAGUCAGACGCCAUGCUGUAGACCUGUAAUUCCAGCACUUUGGACAUAAAGGCAAAAGGAUCAUAAGUUCAGAACCAUCCUUAGCUCCAUAGCUAACCUGAACAAUAGAAGACACUGUCUCAGUUAUAAUUUUUAUUAUAAAUUUAUUCAUGUGCAUAUUAUGUUUCUGAAUGAAAAGCUCGAAGGAAAGAAAGCAAUGGGAUAGGAAAAGCACAAACAUAAAAUUUUAAAGGUCCAGAAUUCUGCCUGGACCUGGUGACACAGACCUGUAAGCCCAGCUACUGGGGAGUGGAGACAGGAGGGUGACGAGCUCAAGGCCUGCCUGGGCUGCAGUGAGUUCAUGGAAACUCUGAAGGCCUGUCUGAAAAGAGAAACGGAGAGGGCAGGAGUAUCCCUACCUCUGUUGGAGGCAGCAGCAGUGCCCAGCCUAUAUGAGGCCCUACACUCAGUCCCCAGCCCUGAAAACAAACAAAUGGCAAAAGGGCCGUCCUCUUCUUCCCCUUUUAGUCCUUCCAUCCCACAUCUGUCACUGCCAACCCUGAGAGCCUGAGUUCAAAUCCCAGGAUCCACGUGAUCAAAGGAAAGGCCUGAUUCCCUCAGGUUGGCCUCUGACUUCCACACACACCAUGGCAAGAGCACCCCUCCCCAGUAAAUGAAGGUAAUGAAACAUUUUCUGUUAAAGUUGCAGGAAAAAUGAGUCCAUGAGGAUGGUGAAUGGCCCUGGUGAGAACUUCUGGGAAUUGAGGUACAGCAGCCUAGCCCCAGGGAACUGUGAAAGUCUUCUGGGAGAGGAAGGGCCGACCACAUAGCCAUAGGAAGAUCUCAGGGAAAGGGAAGAGCUGGCACAAAGCCCCAGAAAGAGAGGCUUGAGGAAAAGCUGGGGUCCAGACAGAGUAAGAGGAAAGCUGUCCUAGGGCGGGGGGUGCAGGCAGAGAUUCAUUAAACAAAGGAGGCAGCACAGACCGAUUUCUGCCUGAAGCUGCUUCCUUCAGCUUGUUUCUGGAAAGUGCUGUGAAGCUAAUGUGGUACGUGUGGUAAAAUUGGGAAUAAAUAUAACCAUGCACA